GAAGUUGGCAGAUCUCACAGAAAAUGGCACAGAGCAUGAUGGCCACACAUUUCAGGUUUUAUUUUUUUUUAUUUUUUUUUUAGCUUCAGACUAUGAUUCCAUCCAAUCAAUGUUUGAUAUUUUGAGCUGAUUUGUGUCAUGUGUCUUCUAGCAACAAGGUGAUUGUUUCUGCAUUCGUUAUGUUCGGACAACAUAAAAGUCUGGUAGUGCGUGAUGCCGUUUAUUUUUUUCCCUGUAAACAUUUACAACCUUUAAUUUAGAAGUCAUGUAGUAUGUUCCAGCCUUUAGAACACUGUCAUAUUGCAGCUAAGGUCAGAGCUGGAGUUUUGAUCUUCAACUUGAAACCUCUCAAAAUUGAAUAAUGCCGCUGGUUAUUUGGGUCUGAGUCUCAUCUUAAGAAAUGACUACAGUCAGUUUCAAAAGUACUAAUGGUGGAGAUUUCCUGGGCACAACUUCUUGGAGAGAAUUUCAUGGUUUAGAAGAGCAACUGUGAAUUGUAAAGAAGUAAGUGUUUUAAACAAACGCUGCAAUGAAUCAUUUUUUAUUUGUGGUUCUUCGACCAUCUUGAUCCGGGUCUUGAGAAGCCUACUCUUGGCCUGGCUCUUGGAGGGUUUGAUCUUGACUCUAACUCUGCUCUAUAUUAAAUUAAGGAAACGUCUGAUGUAUGCUCUAUGUUGUAGCAACAGAGCACUGUGUAAAGCAGAGACAAAAUGUACGAAACCGAGUCCUUAAAUUAAACGUGACAGUCACAUGUUUGCAGUGAGCGUUGCAGGUAAAUCUGUUUAAAUAACACCCCCAGUUCUAAGCUCUUUGCAUUAACUUAUGGUGCUUUUCAAAUAGUUUUUUCUCAGUCUGUGUGUAGAGCACUGCCAGAGGCUGAAGUUCUGCUCACCCAUGGUGCACUGCUGGAUGUGAUGUGCUGAUAUUUAAGCUGUUUUUAAAACUGAAGGACCAUGAGCUCCCCACCAAGUCCUUCUCCAACCAGGUGGUUCAAAGCCCUGCGGAGGACAAGGAUAGAGGAUGUGUGUCUGAAGAGUGGAGCAACAGCAUGUUCAGAGGUCCUGAAGAGAGCCAGAGCAGCUUUCAGGGCCAGACGAACAGCCCAGGAUAGCUUCAGAUUGGCCCAGCUGGAGGCUUUGGUGCGCAUGUUGAUGGACCACGAGUGUGACUUUGUAGAUGCUCUUGGAAGGGAUGUGCAUAAGCCUCGCUUUGAAACGGUGAUGUCAGAGCUGAUGACAGUCAAAAAUGAGGCUCUUUACACCAUCAGCAACUUGAAGAAAUGGAUGGAGCCGCAACGCAUAGAGCGCAACUGGGCGACAGCGUUUGAUGAAUGCUUGGUGGUAAAUGAGCCUCUGGGUGUGGUAUGGAUCAUUGGAAACUGGACUAGUCCUCUCCAGCUCUGUCUGGUACCUUUAGUAGGUGCCAUUGCUGCUGGUAACUGUGUGAUUAUAAGCCCACCAGAAACCUGCACUCACACAGCUGUGCUUCUGCACAGACUCAUACCAGCUUACCUGGACAAUGAAUGCUUUCACUCUGUUGUAGUAGCAGCACAUGAAAUUCCAGAAAUUAUAGACCUUAAAUUUGAUCAUGUUUUCUUCUCCGGCGAUAAAGAGAAUGGGAUUAAAGUAGCUCAAGCUGCUGCUCGCACACUGGCCCGUGUGACUCUGGUACUGAGUGGUAAAAACCCUUGUUAUGUUGAUAGUCAAUGUGACAUCAACACCACGGCUCGUCGCAUUGCCUGGGCACGAUUUCAGAAUGCUGGCCAAAGUGCUGUGGCACCUGACUACAUCUUGUGCCAUGUAGAUGCCAAAGAAAACCUCCUGCAGGCCCUCCGCUGUGCACUCCAGCAGUUCUAUGGGACCGAUCCACGUGAGUCCAGGAGCUUUGGCAGGAUAGUGAAUGAGGAGAACUUCAACAAGGCCAAAGACCAGCUGUGCCGAUCUGGAAAGGUGUUUAUAGGAGGUCAGGUGAAUGAGAUGGAGAGGUACAUUGCACCAACUGUUCUGACGGAGGUCGUGGAGUCUGAUCCAAUCAUGCAGCAGGAUGUUUUUGGACCCAUUCUUCCCAUACUGACAGUCCAGGAUGCAGACGAGGCUGUGACUUUCAUCAAUUCCAGAGAGAGACCACUGUGUGUAUAUGCUUACUCCAGUUACAACAAGGUGAUUUCCAAGAUAAUGAAUGAAACAUCCAGCGGAAGUUUCUGUUUGAAUGACAGCGUCUUACAGAGUGUGAUGGUGGGAAUGCCUUUCGGAGGAGUUGGUGCCAGUGGAAUGGGCUCCUAUCAUGGUCGGUACAGUUUUGAUGCAUUCUCUCAUAAGAAGUCCUGCCUUCUGCGAACCACACGGAUUGAGUGCAUGACAUUCUUGCGUUAUCCACCUUAUGAGGACCGCAACCUGUCCUUGGUCAGCCUGGCCAGCUCUCUGAAUCUGAAGAGUCAGGGUUGGUGCACUAUUCUGUAAGAGCCACUGCUGCAGUGAGGACACAAAUCAAAUGCCUUUUUACCCUCGCUGGGAAAGUCUCUUUAAUCAUUUCAUAUAAAACUAUUUUUAAACCCAUGUAUCAACUUAUGUAUUAAAACACAGGAAUGUUCAUUGAUUCUGUACUGUAGAACUCAAUAUUGUAUGCAGCUGUCUGCAACCCACUGUACAACUAUACAGAAUGUUGUAACGCUACAAUAUCUGCAGGGACAGUCCUCUUGGAGUAAACUGCACUUUUAUGUUACUUACAAAUAAGAAUAAAACAAUAAUGCAAGUUCUUCAUUCAAUGGAGAAAAAAACACUAUUGCUAUUUGUCAUGGAAACAUACACUACCGUUCAAAAGUUUGGGGUCAGUAAUCUUUUUU